UCCUUUUUUUACAUAUUGACAAAUGUUAUGACAUCGUCUUUUCCGUUACGAAAAGUGACGUCACCAAGCAUGGCCCAAAGGAACGCGUCUCUGCCACUGUCGCCCAUGAGUUUCCGGAACAUUCUACGCGCUAUGAUGCCCGUUCCGCGCGGCCGAGUGGCUAAUUCCAAGGACGUUAGGAUACUUUAUUACGGCAAGGAUAUUAGCAAGCCGGCCGUGUACUACUAUGCGUCUAUCAAACAGUUGUUGGCACACCCAGAGUUCGACCUAAGUAAACCUACCUCGUUGUACAUUCAUGGAUACGUGGAGCAGGCGACAGACGACAGCAUACUGACUGUGGUGCGGGCUUACCAGCGACGUGGCGGUCACAACCUGCUGUUGCUGGACUGGAGUAAUCUCAGCUUCGGCAACUAUCUCAACGUCAUACUCGAUUUGAAGCUGCUGGGCGAGGAAACGGCGAAGGCAAUGACAAAAUUACUCAAAGGUGGUCUAUCUAUCGAUGGACUGCACGUGAUCGGUCACUCGCUUGGUGCACAUCUCGGCGGCUUUUGUUGCAAAUAUUUGAAGAGUUUAGGAUAUAAAGUUCCCAGGUUAACAGCACUAGACGCGGCGUACCCGGGCUUCUACCCUGCACUAUUCCUGAAGCCUCUGAGUCAGCAGGAUGCGCGCUUUGUGGACGUCAUUCAUACUGACGGCGGGGGCUUUGGCGCGCCCAUGGCGAUAGGCCACGCAGACUUCUGGCCUAACGAGGGGCGCGCUAAACAACCCGGCUGUUUGCCACUUACUGUCCCACUCACUGUUGAAGAUUUCUGCAGUCACUGGCGGUCGUGGCGGUUCUGGGCGGAGUCAGUAGAGGGCGGCGUGUUUGCGGCGCGGCGCUGCAGCGGCUACGACGCGUUCUUGCGCGGAAACUGCCGCCACGAGCCCUUAGUGUUCAUGGGGUACAAUGCUACCACCGUGUUGCGUGGAAAUUAUUAUUUAAGGACGGCCGCUGAAUCGCCAUUUGCUUUAGGUGAAAGAGGCGCGGAUUGAUUGGGACA